AUGAGCUGCCUGACCGGACGCGGGCUGGCCAAUCAGAGCUCACGGUGUCAUUACACCUUCUUUUCAGAAAUCAUUCAUAACGCCGAUGCGUCAACCACUCACAGAGGAACCGGCUAUAAAUACGGCUGUGUGCAAAGCACAGUUAGACAUUUUCCCAAAAUAAAACGAAAGACACUACAGAAGAAGUCCUGCGCAGAGCUGCCUCUUCCUGCUGCAUUCUAUACUGUUCCAAGCGAGAUGCCGGCUGUUCGAGGAUUAUAUGUGAGAAAUGCCAUGGUGCUGGCAGCGCUCUGCUCCGUGCUGCCCACUCUGGUGUUGGGGUCCCCAGUGUUGGGGCCAGAGCCAAUCCGAUGCGCCCCAUGCACUCCAGAGAAGCUGAGCCAAUGUCCGGCGGUGCCCCUCGGAUGCGCCGAGGUGCUCCGGGAGCCUGGAUGUGGAUGCUGCCUGGCCUGUGCCCUCAGCUCUGGAGAGCUGUGCGGCAUCUACACCGCACCGUGCGGCUCCGGGUUGAGGUGCUCUCCCAGAGCAGGCGACCCCAGACCACUGCACUCGCUCACCCGGGGACAGGCGGUGUGCACCGAGAUCCCCGAAGCCGACCCCACGUCCCAGCCUCCUGUCCAAGAGCAGACAGAACCAGAACUGGAGAUGGACAACACUGCAAUCAUUUCAGAUCCUGGCUCGAGUCUGUAUCUGUCGGGUCCCAACAGACCCUACGACCCCCGGGCCGUGGCUGAGGCUCAGGAGAGUAUGAAGGCCAAACUCAUUGCCAUCCGCAAGAAGCUGGUGGAGCAGGGACCUUGUCAUGUGGAACUUCAGAGAGCCUUGGAAAAAAUUGCCAGGUCCCAGCAGAAGUUAGGAGACAAGCUAACCAGAUUCUACCUGCCAAACUGCGACAAACACGGACUGUACAAACCCAAACAGUGUGAGUCUUCUCUGGACGGCCAGCGGGGGCGCUGUUGGUGUGUCAACUCCUGGAAUGGAAAAAAACUAUUGGGUUCAACAGACGUGGAUGCAGAUACAGAGUGCCCUUAA